UUACAUUUCCCCUAGUGACUAAUGAGAAGAGUAAAGCAUGUUACGGAAGCUGUGCUGUGUGAUUCUACUCAUCAUCCAGAGGGAUACAGAAAGUAGGUUUCCAAUUGAUGUCAUCAAAUCUCAUACUAUUGACCUCAUGUUUUUUAGUGUUUAUAAUUGUUAUAUUAACACAAGGCAGGCAAUAACACACACCAAACACAUACUCCCACCAUUUUAUUGAAUUCCUUUGCCUUUUUAUGAUAUAUACAGGCAUCUUUUUGAUAGUUUUUUUGACCAAGUGUUUUCUUUCCAGGUACACAGGUGAUUGGAGGAAGCAGGACUGUGGUACAAGGGGAGGAUGUGGACUUAUCCUGCAGACUGAUAGAGACAGACGAGGAGCUUGAACAGAUAACAUGGCAGAAAAGUACUCAGGAAGAAAAACAGAACCAUAAUUUUAUGCUUAUUUCUCCCAAUGGGGUUACUAACUUUAUUGCACUGAAUGGAUUGAAAGGUAGAGUCCAGUUUAUUGGGAACCCAUCAGAAAACCUUGGAUCUAUUAGAAUAACAGCUGUCAGACUGUUGGAUGAAGGCACCUUCACAUGUAUCUUCACUAUUUUCCCCAGUGGAGCAUACUAUACAGAGAUAUCUCUAACUGUGAUUGGUACGAACUCUUCCUUCACUCUUUGUAUCACUGUUUCUACUUUUGACAGUGUAGAAAGACUGCAUGUGAUAAUCAAUACUAGAAAGCUAAAUAGUUGGAAGGUUAAUUAUUUAAGCAAGAGCAGAGCCCUCAUCUACAGGUUUUGCUUUGCCAUGGAAAAUCCAUCUUCUCUACACUUAGAAAAAAGGGUGCCAAAGGAGUUCUUUCCAGAGGGAUACGAUUCGACCUAUAACCUUUUUUAUCCUAAGAUCUGUUUUUGGAAGAAAUAGUUAUUUUCUGAUUCUUUGAAAGGCAAGAAGGUUUCUACAUAGAAAUCUUUAUUGUAAUUUUUUUCUUAUUUUUAAAUAGUGCAUGAGCAUUAGUGUUUAUCUAAUUGUUUAAACUUUAACAUCAGGAGUUCCAGUAAUCUGAUAAAUGUUUAAAUAUGUUUUAAACUGUACCUACAGUAUAUGGGGAUAUUUGUGCAUAUUAUUUGUGCAAUGAUUCCCUUAAUCAUUUUACAAAUACAAUACUUACAUAAAUGAUAUUUUGUAAUUGUAUUGAGCAGGGAGUGGGAGAAUAGAUUGAAGUAUGAGUGAACCAGCAGUGUGGAUUUUUCAGUGUAACAUUUCUAGUGUUGAUUCAGGAGUUGGUGUUAAUAACGAGAAUUGAGUGGGAUUGUGUAAUUUAUUCUGUGUAGAGCAGGGAUGGGCAACUUUGAUGGGGUUGGGGGUAGGGUUGUGGCAGUCAUCACAUUUUCUCACACAUUAUUGUCAUGCAAAAAUGACUGUUGGUCUCAUGGUAAUUGACCGUUAAUUAACAUAAGGCGCCUAAAUCAACCAUCACAAUAAAUGCAUUAUUUAUUUCAGUCAGGUCUAAAGAAGCAUAAUGAUUUUAAGAAAAUGCACUUCAGAAGAACAGAAUAUGAGUUGGCCUACUGUAUGUUAUCUGGUUAUUCUCCAUGCCAUAGGCUGUAGGCUUGUUCAUUUAGCUGACAAGAUAUGCUUAUGAGUCCCCUGCCAUUAUUUGAUUUUACAUGAUUGUAUAUUAUAAAGAAUAUAAUUGAACUUAGCUGAAAACAUUUGAAAGGAUUUUUUUCCCUUUAUGGAGAGAGUGCGCAUAUGAAGGUGCUAUAUUUGAGCAUAAAAGUGAGCACUUGAAACAGGUCCUAUAUUCUAGAUUUAGAGUUUAGUUGUGAAUGAUACCAGCCUUAGAAUGUCUUAGAAAUAAAAAAAUAUAUAGGGGCUGCAUGGGCACAACCCUAAUUUGCUCCAGGGGUGCUGUACUACUAUGGAUGACCCUGUAAAACAACACAUUUCACUGCAAUUAUCUUGUGAUGUGUGUGUGAAACUUAAUACCUCAGGUGUAAGGGUUGGAGUGAGAUGUGGCCCAGGUGCGGUGCAGGAUAGACAGUAGGCAGAAAUGGUGAAACAAGGAUAUUUACUGAUUGUCCCGAAGCCAGGAUACAAAAUAAAUGACUUAACACGAUAAAAGAAAGGUGGAGCAAAUACGUUUCCAAAAAAAGGCUGACAGCCAAAAUACGAAUUAGUAACCACGACUGAAAUAAUAAACAGGGAGAACACUUCGAGUACCUGUACAUACUUCUCCGAUCAGACACUAAUAAGUACUGCUGAGCACAGAGAAACUAGCAGAGAAAACUGAGCAAGGGAACACAGGAAAGUGAAGGCAUGAAUACACAUGUGAACAGGUAGACACAGGAGCAUGAGCAUUUGGAUAAGUUUCACAUGACGGGCUGUGUGUGUUUUGGUUGUUUUUUCAAGUAUAGUUCCACAUUUAUAAUGAGUGACUUGUUCAUGUUUUCUGUCCUCUGUUUGUUUGUUUUCUGGUCAUAGUUCCUCCAGUAGUGAGUGUGACAGUUGAUGUUCAUCCUGUCAUUGGGGAGGAUGAGGUUGUCUUGGCAACCUGUGUGGCUGCUGGUGCCAAGCCACAGGCAGAAGUGAAGUGGAUUUCAAGUACAUUCGGCAGUUUGUUGAGGACAGUGACAAACUCCACCCAGCACGCCAAUGGAACUACCACAGUACUCAGCUAACUGCUCGGGGUGCCAACCAGAGCAGCCAAUCAGCAGCAGGUCCAGUGUGUGGUCAACCAGUCUGCCCUGACAACAGAAAGGAGCUACAACUACACCAUAAACAUCGACUGUAAGUGUCUUCUACUACUACUGUCCUACACUAUAGACAUAAACUGUAAAUAUAUUCUACUACUACUGUCCUACACUAUAGACAUAAACUGUAAAUAUAUUCUACUACUACUGUCCUACACUAUAGACAUAAACUGUAAAUAUAUUCUACUACUACUGUCCUACACAAUAGACAUCCACUGUAAAUAUAUUAUACUACCACUGUCCUACACUAUAGACAGACACUGUAAAUAUAUUAUACUACCACUGUCCUACACUAUAGACAGACACUGUAAAUAUAUUAUACUACCACUGUCCUACACUAUAGACAGACACUGUAAAUAUAUUAUACUACCACUGUCCUACACUAUAGACAGACACUGUAAAUAUAUUAUACUACCACUGUCCUACACUAUAGACAGACACUGUAAAUAUAUUAUACUACCACUGUCCUACACUAUAGACAGACACUGUAAAUAUAUACUGAACUACCACUGUCCUACACUAUAAACAGACACUGUAAGUAUAUACUCCACUACUACUGUCCUACACUAUAGACAGACACCGUAAAUAUAUACUCCACUACCACUGUCCUACACUAUCGGUAUCCACUGUAAAUGUAAUAUAAUAUAAUAAUAAGCCAUUUAGCAGAUGCUUUUAUCCAAAGCGACUAACAGUCAUGCGUGCAUACAUUUUUUGUGUAUGGGUGGUCCCGGGGAUCGAACCCGAGCUACAGAGGACUCUCACUGUCUUCACUGGCAGUAGCCUAGUAGUCCCUCUAAACAGUCCCUGUCUGUCCAUAUACUCUUAGAUAAUAACGUGCUAUCCUAGAACCAAAUAUGUUUUUUCGGCUGUCCCCAUAGGAGAACCCUUUGAAUAACUCCUAUUAGUUUCACCUUUUAUUAACACCUAUUAGUUCCACCCUUUGUAGCGCUUUUUGGUCAAGGGCAGUGCAAUUGCCAUACCAGGCGGUGAUGCACUCAGAAAAUAUGUUCUCGAUGGUGCAGCUGUAUAAUUCUUUGAGGAUCUGAAGACCCAUUCUCUUCAGGACUGUGUGGGUGAGUGUGGACCAUGUUAAGUCCUUACUGAUGUGGACACCAAAUAACUUAAAGGUCUCGACCCGCUCCACAACAGCCCCGUCAAUAUGGAUGGAGGCGUGCUCUCCCCUCUUUCUCCUAUAGUCCACGAUCAGCACCUUGGUCUAAUUGAUGUUGAGGGAGAUGUUGUCUCUCUCUCCUCUCUCUCUCUCUCUCUCUCUCUCUCUCUCUCUCUCUCUCUCUCUCUCUCUCUCUCUCUCAUAGAUCCACCUCAGUCAGUGAACAUCACCCUUAGUGAGGCCUCUAAAGCCACAGUCUUCCUAUGUGUAGCAGACGGCAACCCACAACCCAACUACACCUGGAGCAGGUACUCACUCGUAUGUAAACUAGUUCAAUCCAGUUUCAAUCUAAAUGUUAGCUAAACUUGUUAAGACGUGAUAUCUAAAUUAGCUUGAAGCUUCAGUAUGUUCAUAUCUAAAGGACAGUUGUUGAAUUAUGCUGCCAGUCAAAUCAUGCAUUUGUCUUUCACACACACACGCGAACAAACACACACACACAAAGUCUUGCGCAUCUAACCAUGUGGGGACAUACAAUUCAGUCACAUUCAAGAUCAUAUCUUCCCUAACCCCUAACCCUAACAUUAACCCGUAACCUUACCCGAACCCUAACCAUAACCCUAACCCUAAACCUAACCCAAGCUCCUAACCCUAAAACUAACCCAAUCUCCUAACCCUAAACUUAAUUCUAACACUAAUUCUAACCUUAACCCUAAACCCACUAGAAAUAGCAUUUGACCUUGUGGGGACCAACACAGGUAUAGUUAAACACUUCCACACACACACACACACACACACACUCACACAGACACACACUCAGCCCCUCUCCUCCUCUCACUCCCCCAGAGUGGUCCAGCCAUGGCCUGGGUCUUCAGUGAGAGCAGAGGGAGACAAACUGCACCUCCUCAGUCUCAGCUCUGAGCUGAAUGGUCUCUAUGUCUGUGAGGCCUCCAACCCCUACGGACGAGCAACUGGCUCCCUCUAUGUACACACAUCCUCUGGUGAGAAGCACCUGAGAGAGAGACACACACACACAGUAUUCAUACUGGUUACUUAACUGGUUGCUUAUACUGUUUUAUAAGUUGCUUAUAAUUGUUCUGGGCUGAUCCCUCACCUUCCUCAUGAUCAUUGAUGCCCCACGAGGUGAGAUCUUGCAUGGAGCCCCAGACCGAGGGUGAUUGACCGUCAUCUUGAACUUCUUCCAUUUUCUAAUAUUUGCGGCAACAAUUGUUGCCUUCUCACCAAGCUGCUUGCCUAUUGUCCUGUAGCCCAUCCCAGCCUUGUGCAGGUCUACAAUUUUAUCCAUGAUGUCCUUACACAGCUCUCUGGUCUUGGCCAUUGUAUAUGAGGUUAUGAGAAAUGUGAUGUAGCAUGGAUAACAAAGUUGAGCCAGAUGCUCACUUAUCUUUCACUGCAUGUGUUAGUAUCAGACGUAUGUCCUCAUUCCUCUUUCUACAGGAAGGUACUGUAUAACCACUAACUAAGAUGGUCAUGAUACACACUUAUCCAGGCUCUGUCGUAGCCGGCCGCGACCGGGAGACCUAUGGGGCGGCGUACAAUUGGCCCAGCGUCGUCCCGGGUAGGGGAGGGAAUGGCCGGCAGGGAUGUAGCUCAGUUGGUAGAGCAUGGCGUUUGCAACGCCAGGGUUGUGGGUUCGAUUCCCACGGGGGGCCUGUAUGAAAAAAUUAAAAAUAAUGUAUGCACUCACUAACUGUAUGUCGCUCUGGAUAAGAGCGUCUGCUAAAUGACGUAAAUGUAAAUGUUAUCUCUUACUGCAUAUGUACAUGUCUUAUUACUUAGUAUUAUCUCUUUGCUUUCUGCAGGAAAAUGUUUGCAUCAGAGCCAUGAUGCUUGUUAGGGCAACACAAUUAUAUGUAAUUGUAAAUGCAGACUGUUUCCUAUAUUAACUGUAUCCCCUCUCUCCUCACAGAGACCUCUGCUGCCUGUUGGGUUCUACUCGUUGUUAUUCUAUGUCUGAUUGUUACUGCGGCUGCACUCGUAUAGUACUGUGAAAAGCCAGGAUUCUACGAGUGGGGUGGAGACUAGACUGUCUCAUCCAUGAUCCACCCCAUGUUGCAAUAGCUGCUGAGGCUUACUCAAUAACUGUUUCCUACAGGAGCAGCAGGACAUUUGUCAGCACAAACAGCAAAAAACAAAUGUCUCAGCUACUUCAGCAGAGGAACUUACAUUCAUCACAGGUUAGUGGCCUAUUAAAUUUACAGAUUCAUCUGUUUGGUUUCAAUACUACUGACCAAUAUAGAACUGUUGGUUUAUUUUUGUAAUAAGGUGUAGGCUACUGUUGAGACUUCUAGCUCACUCAGGAAAAGAAAAAAGAGAAGAAAAAAUAUAUAAAUAGAUAAAAGAGAAGCAAAUGGGUCUGAUGUGUUCAAUUAAAUGGGGAACGAGUGAUUUCUUUAAGUUUCUUAGACGCUCGGAUAUGUUAUGUUAUGUGCGCAUGCACAGCUUCACUAGAGACUUAAAUUAUGGCACCUGGUAAUCAUUUCACCGCAGACAAUCAUCAGGAGCACACAGCCCGUUGGUAUGUAACUGCGAACUACUCACAGUCUAGCAUUAAUGUUUAAGUCACUUAUAUGUUUGAGCACUGAACGUUUACCUCACUGUGUCGGUGUUAGUUGGCGGAGAGUAACUUGUAGCUCGCUGGGUGCGGUAGCUCAGCUAAACAGAUGCUGUAUAGCAUUAGGCUAUCAUUAUCAGCCAUUUGCGUUGUGCUGAUUGUUCGGAGCACUCUGCUGGUUUCUGGUGGCGGUGGUUUGGUUCGGUGAUCCAUGGUGGAGCGCCGCAUUGUGUUGCGUGUGUGGGUGGGUCCUUUGGACGAGGCAUGUGGUGGCAUGGUUCUGUGUCCUGUGGCAACGGCGGAGUCGCUGUGCGCAUGCUCCUCUGGCACUAGGCAUUCUGGGUGAUGUAGCCAAUGCUGUUUUAAACCAGAUUUGCCACAUUUUUGAUGGUGUUGUAGGCUUAUUUGAUUUUCAUUAUUUACAUUAUGAUUAUAUUAUUUGAAUAAUAUUUACAUUAUAUAUUUGAGUAAUAUAUUGUCAUUAUUUGUUUGUUGUAAUUCAGGUUUAUGACCUGUGGUCAUUUGAUUUCAAAUAAAAUUAAGGACAAAACACGAGUCAUGACAUUGUGUGCUUCCUGGUGAGCCUUUUCGGAGGGCUAAAUACCGGAAAAUCCGAACAGCUACUUUGCAAGAUGUGCAUAGUCUCCAUCAAAGAGUGGUGAUUGCAGACCAUUGCUCGAAUAAAUUGCAUUGCAUUCAACAUUAUUUUACAUUUGAGAUAGCCUACAUAACUGUUUUGCAUAAACAAUGAAUAGGUCCUCAUUAUUACAAACGGCAAUCUCAAAAUGUAAUACAAUUCCAUAAUUACAUUUCCCCUAUGACCCUAGCAAUGAGAAGAGCAAAGCAUGUUACAGAAGCUGUACUGUGUGAUUCUACUCAUCAUCCAGAGGGACACAGAAAGUAGGUUUUCAAUUGACGUCAUCAAAUGUCAUAUUAUUGCGCUCAUGUUUUUAUCACUUUUUUCUUAUUAAUACUAGGCAGAAAAUAACACCCACCAAACACACAAUCCCACCAUUAAAUUGUAGUCCUGGUCCUUUUAGGGUACAAUAAGGCACACAUAUCAUCUCAGUAUGUUUACUAUGUGUUUAACUCAGUAUGUUUACUAUGUUUUUAACUCAGUAUGUUUACUAUGUUUUUAACUCAGUAUGUUUACUAUGUUUUUAACUCAGUAUGUUUACUAUGUGUUUAACUCAGUAUGUUUACUAUGUGUUUAACUCAGUAUGUUUACUAUGUGUUUAACUCAGUAUGUUUACUAUGUGUUUAACUCAGUAUGUUUACUAUGUUUUUAACUCAGUAUGUUUACUAUGUUUUUAACUCAGUAUGUUUACUAUGUUUUUAACUCAGUAUGUUUACUAUGUUUUUAACUCAGUAUGUUUACUAUGUUUUUAACUCAGUAUGUUUACUAUGUGUUUAACCCAGUAUGUUUACUAUGUGUUUAACUCAGUAUGUUUACUAUGUUUUUAACUCAGUAUGUUUACUAUGUGUUUAACUCAGUAUGUUUACUAUGUGUUUAACUCAGUAUGUUUACUAUGUGUUUAACUCAGUAUGUUUACUAUGUGUUUAACUCAGUAUGUUUACUAUGUUUUUAACCCAGUAUGUUUACUAUGUGUUUAACCCAGUAUGUUUACUAUGUGUUUAACUCAGUAUGUUUACUAUGUGUUUAACUCAGUAUGUUUACUAUGUGUUUAACUCAGUAUGUUUACUAUGUGUUUAACUCAGAAUGUUUACUAUGUUUUUAACUCAGUAUGUUUUGAGACAUGCUGAGUAUGCCCAAGUAUCUGGGAAUGUAUUGAAUAUCUUACUCUUGAAUAAGUAUAGGGAUAGAGUCAAGGCUGUUGGCUUAUUAUUCUAAGAACAUAUUCACUAAGUAGUUUCAGACUAGACUGGACCCAGAUCAGAAUGUGCUUUAGCGAUCUCCUCUGACUAUGGCUGCACAUAUGGGUAUAGGGUCAAAUAAUGAGCAAUUGGCACAUUUGUUAUUGCAAUAACCACAAUUCAAUAUCAAUAGGAUAUCAUAGUUCAUAAGCACAGCUAAAUACAAAUCAUGGUCUAAUCGGUGUGUUUAGGUAACAUCUCUGUUUAUUAGAGUUCAUAAGCAUCUAUUCUACAGGUAUCUUUUGGACAGUUUUUUUGACUUGUGUUUUCUCUUCAGGUACACAGGUGAUUGGAGGAAGCAGGACUGUGGUACAGGGGGAGGAUGUGGACUUAUCCUGCAGACUGAUAGAGACAACCGAGGAGCUCGAAGAGAUAACAUGGCAGAAAAGUACUUUGGAAGAAACACAGAACCAUAAUUUUCUGCUGAUUUAUCACAAUGGGGUUACUAACUUUAUUGCACCGAAUGGAUUGAAAGGUAGAGUCCAGUUUAUUGGGAACCCAUCAGAAAACCUUGGAUCUAUUAGAAUAACAGCUGCUAGACUGUUGGAUGAAGGCACCUUCACAUGUAUCUUCACUAUUUUCCCCAGUGGAGCAUACUAUACAGAGAUAUAUCUAACUGUGAUUGGUAAGAACUCUUCCUUCACUCUUUACAUCACUGUUUCUACUUUUGACAGUGUAGAAAGACUGCAUGUGAUAAUCAAUACUAGAAAGCUAAAUAGUUGGAAGGUUAAUUAUUUAAGCAAGAGCAGAGCCCUCAUCUACAGGUUUUGCUUUGCCAAGGAACAUCCAUCUUCUCUACACUUAGAAAAAAGGGUGCCAAAGGGGUUCUUUCCAGAGGGAUACGAUUCGACCUAUAACCUUUUUUAUCCUAAGAUCUGUUUUUGGAAGAAAUAGUUAUUUUCUGAUUCUUUGAAAGGCAAGAAGGUUUCUACAUAGAAAUCUUUAUUGUAAUUUUUUUCUUACUUUUUAAAUAGUGCAUGAGCAUUAGUGUUUAUCUAAUUGUUUAAACUUUAACAUCAGGAGUUCCAGUAAUCUGAUAAAUGUUUAAAUAUGUUUUAAAACUGUACCUACAGUAUAUGGGGAUAUUUGUGCAUAUGAUUUGUGCAAUGAUUCCCUUAAUCAUUUUACAAAUACAAUACUGACAUAAAUGAUAUUUUGUAAUUGUAUUGAGCAGGGAGUGGGAGAAUAGAUUGAAGUAUGAGUGAACCAGCAGUGUGGAUUUUUCAGUGUAACAUUUCUAGUGUUGAUUCAGGAGUUGGUGUUAAUAACGAGAAUUGAGUGUGAUUGUGUAAUUUAUUCUGUGUAGAGCAGGGAUGGGACAACUUUGAUGGGGGUGGGGGUAGGGUUGUGGCAGUCAUCACAUUUUCUCACACAUUAUUGUCAUGCAAAAAUGACUGUUGGUCUCAUGGUAAUUGACCGUUAAUUAACAUAAGGCGCCUAAAUCAACCAUCACAAUAAAUGCAUUAUUUAUUUCAGUCAGGUCUAAAGAAGCAUAAUGAUUUUAAGAAAAUGCACUUCAGAAGAACAGAAUAUGAGUUGGCCUACUGUAUGUUAUCUGGUUAUUCUCCAUGCCAUAGGCUGUAGGCUUGUUCAUUUAGCUGACAAGAUAUGCUUAUGAGUCCCCUGCCAUUAUUUGAUUUUACAUGAUUGUAUAUUAUAAAGAAUAUAAUUGAACUUAGCUGAAAACAUUUGAAAGGAUUUUUUUCCCUUUAUGGAGAGAGUGCGCAUAUGAAGGUGCUAUAUUUGAGCAUAAAAGUGAGCACUUGAAACAGGUCCUAUAUUCUAGAUUUAGAGUUUAGUUGUGAAUGAUACCAGCCAUGGGCACAACCCUAAUUUGCUCCAGGGGUGCUGUACUACUAUGGAUGACCCUGUAAAACAACACAUUUCACUGCAAUUAUCUUGUGUAUGUGGCAAUAAAACAUUUUAAAAUAUGUUAUUAUUUAUAGAGGGUUCUAGGCAGAACCAUUUACAGGGGGAUCUAUCAGGAACCAAUAGAGAUCAUAUUCUAAUUCCUAAUUAUAUGGAAGAACCUUGCAUAGAGGGUUCUAGGUGGAACCCUCUACAAAGGGUUCUACCUAGCACCAAAAAGGAUUCCACUAUGGGGACAACCCAAAGAAACCUAUAUGGUUCUAUUUAGCUCCUUUUUUUUCUAAGAGUGUAUCCUGUUACUCAAGCUGUAACCAGGAGAGCCCAGGCAUCAAUAGUUUCCCUUAUGGUGGAACAGAAUACACAACCAUAUCCUGCCUUCCAAAACGGCAUAAUAACUGGGCUGUGAAUGCUUUUCAGUGGAUCUGCUGAAGCUGAAAAACAGCUUUUGUGAUGUGUGUGUGAAACUUAAUACCUCAGGUGUAAGGGUUGGAGUGAGAUGUGGCCCAGGUGCGGUGCAGGAUAGACAGUAGGCAGAAAUGGUGAAACAAGGAUAUUUACUGAUUGUCCCGAAGCCAGGAUACAAAAUAAAUGACUUAACACGAUAAAAGAAAGGUGGAGCAAAUACGUUUCCAAAAAAAGGCUGACAGCCAAAAUACGAAUUAGUAACCACGACUGAAAUAAUAAACAGGGAGAACACUUCGAGUACCUGUACAUACUUCUCCGAUCAGACACUAAUUAGUACUGCUGAGCACAGAGAAACUAGCAGAGAAAACUGAGCAAGGGAACACAGGAAAGUGAAGGCAUGAAUACACAUGUGAACAGGUAGACACAGGAGCAUGAGCAUUUGGAUAAGUUUCACAUGACGGGCUGUGUGUGUUUUGGUUGUUUUUUCAAGUAUAGUUCCACAUUUAUAAUGAGUGACUUGUUCAUGUUUUCUGUCCUCUGUUUGUUUGUUUUCUGGUCAUAGUUCCUCCAGUAGUGAGUGUGACAGUUGAUGUUCAUCCUGUCAUUGGGGAGGAUGAGGUUGUCUUGGCAACCUGUGUGGCUGCUGGUGCCAAGCCACAGGCAGAAGUGAAGUGGAUUUCAAGUACAUUCGGCAGUUUGUUGAGGACAGUGACAAACUCCACCCAGCACGCCAAUGGAACUACCACAGUACUCAGCUACCUGCUCGGGGUGCCAACCAGAGCAGCCAAUCAGCAGCAGGUCCAGUGUGUGGUCAACCAGUCUGCCCUGACAACAGAAAGGAGCUACAACUACACCAUAAACAUCGACUGUAAGUGUCUUCUACUACUACUGUCCUACACUAUAGACAUCCACUAUAAGUGUCUUCUACUAACACUGUCCUACACUAUAGACAUCCACUGUAAAUAUAUUAUACUACCACUGUCCUACACUAUAAACAUCCACUGUAAAUAUAUUCUACUACUACUGUUCUACACAAUAGACAUCCACUGUAAAUAUAUUCUACUACUACUGUCCUACACAAUAGACAUCCACUGUAAAUAUAUUCUACUACCACUGUCCUACACUAUAUACAGACACUGUAAAUAUAUUCUACUACUACUGUCCUACACUAUAGACAGACACUGUAAAUAUAUUCUACUACCACUGUCCUACACUAUAGACAGACACUGUAAAUAUAUACUGAACUACCACUGUCCUACACUAUAAACAGACACUGUAAGUAUAUACUCCACUACUACUGUCCUACACUAUAGACAGACACCGUAAAUAUAUACUCCACUACCACUGUCCUACACUAUCGGUAUCCACUGUAAAUGUAAUAUAAUAUAAUAAUAAGCCAUUUAGCAGAUGCUUUUAUCCAAAGCGACUAACAGUCAUGCGUGCAUACAUUUUUUGUGUAUGGGUGGUCCCGGGGAUCGAACCCGAGCUACAGAGGACCACAUGUAAAUUCCACUAUAACUGUCACAGACCAUAGGCAUCCAUUGUAAGUAUAGACUCUCACUGUCUUCACUGGCAGUAGCCUAGUAGUCCCUCUAAACAGUCCCUGUCUGUCCAUAUACUCUUAGAUAAUAACGUGCUAUCCUAGAACCAAAUAUGUUUUUUCGGCUGUCCCCAUAGGAGAACCCUUUGAAUAACUCCUAUUAGUUCCACCUUUUAUUAACACCUAUUAGUUCCACCCUUUGUAGCGCUUUUUGGUCAAGGGCAGUGCAAUUGCCAUACCAGGCGGUGAUGCACUCAGAAAAUAUGUUCUCGAUGGUGCAGCUGUAUAAUUCUUUGAGGAUCUGAAGACCCAUUCUCUUCAGGACUGUGUGGGUGAGUGUGGACCAUGUUAAGUCCUUACUGAUGUGGACACCAAAUAACUUAAAGGUCUCGACCCGCUCCACAACAGCCCCGUCAAUAUGGAUGGAGGCGUGCUCUCCCCUCUUUCUCCUAUAGUCCACGAUCAGCACCUUGGUCUAAUUGAUGUUGAGGGAGAUGUUGUCUCUCUCUCUCUCUCCUCUCUCUCUCUCUCUCUCUCUCUCUCUCUCUCUCUCUCUCUCUCUCUCUCUCUCUCUCUCUCUCUCUCUCAGAUCCACCUCAGUCAGUGAACAUCACCCUUAGUGAGGCCUCUAAAGCCACAGUCUUCCUAUGUGUAGCAGACGGCAACCCACAACCCAACUACACCUGGAGCAGGUACUCACUCAUAUGUAAACUAGUUCAAUCCAGUUUCAAUCUAAAUGUUAGCUAAACUUGUUAAGACGUGAUAUCUAAAUUAGCUUGAAGCUUCAGUAUGUUCAUAUCUAAAGGACAGUUGUUGAAUUAUGCUGCCAGUCAAAUCAUGCAUUUGUCUUUCACACACACACACACACACACACACACGCGAACAAACACACACACACAAAGUCUUGCGCAUCUAACCAUGUGGGGACAUACAAUUCAGUCACAUUCAAGAUCAUAUCUUCCCUAACCCCUAAACCUAACAUUAACCCGUACCCUUACCCGAACCCUAACCUUAACCAAAAAAACUAACCAUAACCCUAACCCUAAACCUAACCCAAGCUCCUAACACUAAAACUAACCCAAUCUCCUAACCCUAACCCUAAACUUAAUUCUAACACUAAUUCUAACCUUAACCCUAAACCCACUAGAAAUAGCAUUUGACCUUGUGGGGACCAACACAGGUAUAGUUAAACACUUCCACACACACACACACACACACACACACACACUCACACAGACACACACUCAGCCCCUCUCCUCCUCUCACUCCCCCAGAGUGGUCCAGCCAUGGCCUGGGUCUUCAGUGAGAGCAGAGGGAGACAAACUGCACCUCCUCAGUCUCAGCUCUGAGCUGAAUGGUCUCUAUGUCUGUGAGGCCUCCAACCCCUACGGACGAGCAACUGGCUCCCUCUAUGUACACACAUCCUCUGGUGAGAAGCACCUGAGAGAGACACACACACACACACACACACACACACACACACACACACAGUAUUCAUACUGGUUACUUAACUGGUUGCUUAUAGAUCUUGCAUGGAGCCCCAGACCGAGGGUGAUUGACCGUCAUCUUGAACUUCUUCCAUUUUCUAAUAUUUGCGGCAACAAUUGUUGCCUUCUCACCAAGCUGCUUGCCUAUUGUCCUGUAGCCCAUCCCAGCCAUGUACACACAUCCUCUGGUGAGAAGCACCUGAGAGAGAGACACACACACACACACACACAGUAUUCAUACUGGUUACUUAACUGGUUGCUUAUACUGUUUUAUAAGUUGCUUAUAAUUGUUAUGCGAUUGAUUGCUUGCUUGCUUGAUUGAAUACUUUACUGAAUACUUUAUUGUCCCGUAGCGAAAUUAGUCUGGCAACAAUACAGGCAUUCCUGCAGGUUUUCCUACUUACAAAGCAUGUAGAGGUCUGUAAUUUUUAUCAUAGGUACACUUCAACUGUGAGAGACGGAAUCUAAAACAAAAAUCCAGAAAAUCACAUCGUAUGAUUUUUAAGUAAUUAAUUUGCAUUUUAUUGCAUGACAUAAGUAUUUGAUACAUCAGAAAAGCAGAACUUAAUAUUUGGUACAGAAACCUUUGUUUGCAAUUACAGAGAUCAUAUGUUUCCUGUAGGUCUUGACCAGGUUUGCACACACUGCAGCAGGGAUUUUGGCCCACUCCUCCAUACAGACCUUCUCCAGAUCCUUCAGGUUUCGGGGCUGUCGCUGGGCAAUACGGAAUUUCAGCUCCCUCCAAAGAUUUUCUAUUGGGUUCAGGUCUGGAGACUGGCUAGACCACUCAAGGACCUUGAGAUGCUUCUUACGGAGCCACUCCUUAGUUGCCCUGGCUGUGUGUUUCGGGUCGUUGUCAUGCUGGAAGACCCAGCCACGACCCAUCUUCAAUGCUCUUACUGAGGGAAGGAGGUUGUUGGCCAAGAUCUCGUGAUACAUGGCCCCAUCCAUCCUCCCCUCAAUACGGUGCAGUCGUCCUGUCCCCUUUGCAGAAAAGCAUCCCCAAAGAAUGAUGUUUCCACCUCCAUGCUUCACAGUUGGGAUGGUGUUCUUGGGGUUGUACUCAUCCUUCUUCUUCCUCCAAACACGGCGAGUGGAGUUUAAACCAAAAAGCUAUAUUUUCGUCUCAUCAGACCACAUGACCUUCUCCCAUUCCUCCUCUGGAUCAUCCAGAUGGUCAUUGGCAAACUUCAGACGGGCCUGGACAUGCGCUGGCUUGAGCAGGGGGACCUUGCAUGCGCUGCAGGAUUUUAAUCCAUGACGGCGUAAUGUGUUACUGAUGGUUUUCUUUGAGACUGUGGUCCCAGCUCUCUUCAGGUCAUUGACCAGGUCCUGCCAUUUAGUUCUGGGCUGAUCCCUCACCUUCCUCAUGAUCAUUGAUGCCCCACGAGGUGAGAUCUUGCAUGGAGCCCCAGACCGAGGGUGAUUGACCGUCAUCUUGAACUUCUUCCAUUUUCGAAUAUUUGCGGCAACAAUUGUUGCCUUCUCACCAAGCUGCUUGCCUAUUGUCCCGUAGCCCAUCCCAGCCUUGUGCAGGUCUACAAUUUUAUCCAUGAUGUCCUUACACAGCUCUCUGGUCUUGGCCAUUGUAUAUGAGGUUAUGAGAAAUGUGAUGUAGCAUGGAUAACAAAGUUGAGCCAGAUGCUCACUUAUCUUUCACUGCAUGUGUUAGUAUCAGACGUAUGUCCUCAUUCCUCUUUCUACAGGAAGGUACUGUAUAACCACUAACUAAGAUGGUCAUGAUACACACUUAUCCAGGCUCUGUCGUAGCCGGCCGCGACCGGGAGACCUAUGGGGCGGCGUACAAUUGGCCCAGCGUCGUCCCGGGUAGGGGAGGGAAUGGCCGGCAGGGAUGUAGCUCAGUUGGUAGAGCAUGGCGUUUGCAACGCCAGGGUUGUGGGUUCGAUUCCCACGGGGGGCCUGUAUGAAAAAAUAAAAAUAAUGUAUGCACUCACUAACUGUAUGUCGCUCUGGAUAAGAGCGUCUGCUAAAUGACGUAAAUGUAAAUGUUAUCUCUUACUGCAUAUGUACAUGUCUUAUUACUUAGUAUUAUCUCUUUGCUUUCUGCAGGAAAAUGUUUGCAUCAGAGCCAUGAUGCUUGUUAGGGCAACACAAUUAUAUGUAAUUGUAAAUGCAGACUGUUUCCUAUAUUAACUGUAUCCCCUCUCUCCUCAUAGAGACCUCUGCUGCCUGUUGGGUUCUACUCGUUGUCAUUCUAUGUCUGAUUGUUACUGCGGCUGCACUCGUAUGGUACUGGAGGAAAUACGGACAGUUUCUUUGGUAAUAUCAACUACUGUAAUAUUAUGAACAUCAUUUUGCAUUAUGAAAACAUUUCAUCUUCACUUGAUGAUUGGCUCAAAUUCAUACAAUAUUUUUUUCUGGACGAUAUCCAAGGAAUUCAAUCAUGGCCAAUCACCAGUUCCAGGCACCCCCACAGGUAUGUGACUAUGUUAAAGUCCACCAUUGUUGCGUGAUUAACCUAUCACAUCAGCCACUUUUUGCUAUGUAAUAAUACUGUUAUAAUGUCUGAUGACAAGGUUGAGGAAGAUGAACCUGGGACGUCUAGGUUCUAACACUCCAAACCAGGAAGGCAGAUAAGGACGAAGUAUCAUGAUGUAAGGAACACACAUUAUGAUUUUUUUUGUUUUAAUAUUUGUAAAUAUUACAAAAAAUAUAUUUUGUUGGAGCUAUUGUCUAUUCAUGAGGUAUAUUUAUUGUUCUAUUUUAAAGAAAUCGCCGGACAGGCUGAGAGCGGAUGCCAGAAGAAUCUCAGACAUGCAAUGGGUGUGGGAAGAUUUCCAGUCUGCACAUUCUCCAUUGUUCUAACCAUUUGCAAAGAACAGGCACAUUCUCCAACCAUCUAAUGAACAGAGACCCUAGCAGUAUUCACUGUGACAUUAGAAACCUCGGCUCUGCCCCUCCUCCACCACAGCUUCUCUCGUGGACUGCCUUGUCAUGGUGGAGGGGCUUUGUUUCUUCAGCGGGAACAACAACUCUCCUGUAUGUAUGUAUGUAUGUAUGUAUGU